GUGCGGAUGCUGCUGCUGUUGCUGUGUCUUUGCCUCAUACAGAAGGGAGGUGUCUGAAGGAAGCAGCUGCCCUCCUUCCCCCUGCCUUUAAUGCUGAUGCUUCAUUCACUGCUACCAGACUGUGGAAAGACUGUUACUGCCGCUGGACUGGACGCAUUAUAAACCCAUCCUGCUAAAUCCAUUUUUUUUCCAAAAGGAAAUCUGAACAUAAAGAAACAAGUCGCUUUAUGGUUAUUUUAUACGAGUGAAGAUAUUUGUUUGCAGCCAGCUCCUGAAGAUCAGGCCUUGUGUUGUGGAAUCAAGAACAGAACGUUGUCAUACAGCCUGUGAAAGAUUCUAAAGCCUAUACUUGACACAUCUUAAAGGUUUUUCAUCUACAGGACAGAGUACAAAAAAAUAUAAGUAAAAAGAAUGAAACAAAAAGUGUGAUGAGCAAAGGCAAUAAUGUGAAAUUACCAUAACAGUACAAGCCUGAAGAUAUUAUAUUUUGUGUACAAGAGUUGUUGUUUUCAAGAUGCCAGCAAAGACACCAAUUUACCUAAAAGCUGGAAAUAGCAAAAAGGGGAAAAAAUUUAAAUUGAGGGAUAUACUGUCCCCGGACUUGAUCAGCCCACCUCUAGGGGAUUUUCGCCACACAAUACAUAUUGGGAAAGAUGGACAACAUGAUGUGUUUGGUGAUAUUUCUUUUCUGCAAGGGAAUUAUGAGCUUUUACCUGGUAACCAAGGAAAACACAAAAAUGGUCAUUAUAACGGACACAAUGAAUUCUUCAGAGCCAAUAGUACCUGUGACUCUAUGUUUUCAGAAACUUCAUCACCUGUUCUCAAAAAUGCUAUCUCUCUGCCCACAAUUGGUGGUUCUCAAGCUUUAGUCCUGCCUCUGUUAUCUACAAUGACAUUUAAUUCAAGAAGGGACUCAUUUAGCCCUUCAAAGUUACCAAGGCUUAGCUGUGAGCCUGUGAUAGAAGAAAAACUACUGGAGAAACAUCAACCAUAUGAAAAUGGCCACCGAUACGAACAUGAAAGCUCAUGGAAAGUCAGUGGUUCAGCAUCAUGCUCAACAAAUGGAAGGUCAAGUCAUUCCUCAAGUCUUUCAGAACAAUAUAAUGAUUGGCAAGCAAUUGACUUAUUUGAAGACAGCCAGAUACCAUGUGAGAUAGAAAGCUCAGAUUUAAAACAGGAAGAGUCACUUUCUGACAUUGCUGGUUCUCUUCUUACUCUUCAGCUUGAUUUGGGACCUUCUCUCUUGGAUGAGGUUCUUCAUGUAAUGGACAAAGAUAAGGCCUAAACGAUUGUCAUUUAACAUUCACAACAUGGUACAUUCAUGAUGAAAUUUGGCAACUAUUACAUGGCAGGAUAUACUUUUUUUUCUUAGUUUUUUAAUAUCUUCUAAGAUAUUUGCUCCCAGCAUGCUUUUUGAUGGUUCAUAUGGAGUGCCUAACUAAAACAACUAAACAUUUUAUUAAAAUUUUUAGUAUUUGUCUUAUUUUUUGAACACUUGUUAAUAUUCUCAGUAAGUAUGUGUUCCUUAUCACCAAUAUUCAUGAACAGGUUAUAAAGAAUAUAUUUGCAUAAGGCAUUUUAUAAGAACAAGUAAUGAUAGAACUCCAUUAUUAAUAAUGCAUUGACUUACACUAGCUUCCUUCUUUUUACAUUUUUCGUGUGCCAUCCCAUAAUUGUAUUAUACAUGAAAUACAGGUGCAAAUGUUUCAGAAUUUGCUGUGCGUCCCACAAAAUAUCCAUCAAGAUAAAUUUUAAACAAUAAUAUAUAGCUACACAGAACAUUGCUAUGACCAUAUCUAAAUUAUUUCCAUUUGAAUAUCGUUUUAUGUGCCUUUGUAUUUUUACAGCAAAAUUUGAACUUUAUAGACAUUUUAUCACCAUUUUUUAUUGCUUGCAGAUUUCAUUGCAGGUUUAUUGUAUAUUUUUGUGAGUGCUCAAGAAAGUAUAUAUAUAUAUAUAUAUAUAUAUAUAUAUAUAUAUAUAUACUUUUUUUUUUAUCAACGUCAUUCAAAUGCUUAAGGCUAUAUAUGUUUCAUUUGUAAACAAAGCACUGUUUUCCGCACAUUAAUAAAUAAAAGGGUAAAUGCUAAAUUAUCGGUUUGUUUAAAAUAUGACUAUUUUAAAAUUCAUUAUUUAAGGACAUUUUUUUGUAGGAAUUGAAAGGGAUAUGAAACCCAAAACGUAUUUUGUGAGUAUUCAAAUAAAAAAAAUAAAAAAAUUCAAUUUACUCCUAUUAUCAACUUUUCUUCAUUCCCAAUCUUAUUGUUUGUUGAAAAGAUAGCAAAACCAGAAGAACUUCCCCAAUCCCAGGCUAAAAAAUACACUUUAUUAAAGCAAAUUAAAAAUAUCCAUGCAUAUGAAAGAACAAUUCCAUUAACAUCUCUGACGCGUUUCGCACCUUUCACGGGCACUUACUCUAUGAAUGUAUUUUUUUGCCUUGGAUUGCGGCAGUUCUUUUGGUUUUGCUGUACUUUGGCGGCCAGAGUCCACCUACACAGCCUGCACCCUGUUUAGUAUUUAAUGUGAUCCAGCAUAGGCGGUUCAGUAGCCAUGGAUUUCUAUUUAUUUGUUGAAAAGAUACCUAGGUAGGUGUUUAGUGCAUGUUAUGAUAGAAAAUAAUGCUGCCAUCUAGUGCUUUUGCAAAUGGUCAAUAUUCUUGCAAAACUGCUGCCAUAUAAUGCUACUGAGCUUACCUCCCUGCUUUUUAGCAAAAGAUACCAAGAGAAGAAAGAAAAUUUGGUAAUAGAAGUAAAUUAGAACGUUGUUUGAAACUGCAUUCUCUGUCUGAAUCAUGAAAUAAAUAGUUUGGGUUUUAUGUCCCUUUAAGGAUAUAAAAGAACAUAUUCAAACUUCCAGCAAUAUGGUAAGAAGUGUUUGUUAGAUUUAGCCUUGUCACUUUAAGUACACAAAUAAAGCACUUGUAAUAUUGUUUGCAUUAUACAUUUAAAUGCAAUACUGAUGUCAUAUGUUGAAAAUGUUUAAAUAUAUUGUGAAAUAAAUUGACUUAUACAGUUAAAUAGAA